GCUAUCACUAGUGGGAGCUCAGCUUGUCAAUCGCGACCAUCGCGACGACAGACGAUCCGACGGAAAGAAGAUCGCCAGGUUUAUUUUGGUUUAGAAAUUUUAGUCGACGAUUGUGUAAAGGUGGGAGCGUACGGCCGUGCUUUUUCGUGUUACUCGAAUUGGGGCCAGACUUUUAGGUGCUUGUUUGUCGGAGAUCAAGAACUGAAAGAAUGACCCGAGGAAACCAGCGCGAAUUAGCACGAGCCAAAAAUAUGAAAAAGACUGUAAAGAAGUCUGCUGCCGAACAAGACAGCAACAAAGGUCUUUCGUUGGAACAGCGAAAAGCAAGAGACGCGGAACGAAUGAGAGAGAAGCAGUCGAAGAAACAAGACCACCAAGAGAAGACUAAACAGGGUGCUAGAUAAUCUGUUGGAAUUGUACGAACUUUUUAUCACCGAAUCGAAUUUUAACUUUGUUUCGAAAUGUUCGAUUACUGAGCACCAAAGCUGUCCUUCAUGCAUGGGCGUAAGAAAAAUUUAUAGUUUUAAUUGUAAAGAAUCUAUCAGACUGUCUAAUUACAGUAUAUACAUACACAUAAUGCGAGUUAGUUAAAAGCACUCAUGUUUACGCGUCGAUGGCGAGAAUAGUCACUGUACAUUAAACUAUUGUUACCUAUAAUGUAAUGAUUAAAAGAAAUCCGCAUUCGACUGGUUCUAGAUAUAAGAAUUGAUUAAUUAAAUGUAAGGGUAUCUGUAGUAUUAACUUUUAAUUCGUAAGUGCAAGCUUUCGAUUAUGUAAUGUGUAAAAAAUAUAUGUUUUUGCCAUUCUGUUUGACUUCGUAAUAAAACUGUUCGAUUGUAAAAUAA